GUAUCUGGUGUAUCUCUAUUCAGCUGGUGGUAUAAAAGUAAUGAAAAUUGACUCCUCAGUAGUUCCACUGACGGAGAAUAUAUACCUCAAUUCUGAAAUCCAAACUAUGGAACCUAAAGAAAUUCAUACAAUGCAAAUUGAAUCCAUUCGUUCCGAUGUCAUAGUCGAGCAUACACCCGAAGAAAUUCAAGCUAGAGAUCAACUGCUACAGCAAAUUCAAGAAUUUGCCAAAGAAGUAACCGAACUUAUAGAUUACGAUAUAUCAGUGACGGGGAAAACUCAUGGCAUUUACAAGAAAUUCUGUUUACAUCACAAGUGGUUGGAAAUGCUGCUGGCUGAAGCUCAAAAACUCUGCGAAGUUGAAAAAAAUUCCCUUGAACGUGCCAUUGAAGAUCAGUCUCGUAUACGUGAUUGGAUUCGAAAUUUGAUAAUGGCAAAUUCGAAUAGUAUUACCUUUAAAGUGCGUGCAAUAUUUUCGAAUUUUUCUUUUGAAAAUUAUGGCAUGAGGAGAAGUAAUGAUCGAUUUGCUAAGCUAUACGAUUUGUAUCGUUUUUAUGGUAUGGAAAAUAUCGAUGAGGAGAAUGAAGAAGAUGAGGAAUUAAUGGAGUUGCAGGAGGCAUCGGGAGAUAAUGAAAGUAUUGGUAGGGUCGUGGUCCAAGCUAUGAAGAAACGCAAUUAUCUCCAUAUACAAGGUUCGGCUUAUGAACAUAUCAUUUCCGAUGAAUUGGCACUGCAGGAUAUUGAUAGUGUGACAGCCAAUCAAAUGUAUAAUCACGAUGCCAAAGUACGUAUACUCCUAACGGAUCGCUUAAAGGAAGAAUUUAACAAACGAUUUGAGGAGAUUAGAAAAAUUAAAUUCGAACUUAUGGAGGCAAUAUUGAGUACAAAUAAUACCCUGAAUAAAAUUUAUGACAAUAUGAAUUGUAUGUUGCGACUACUCAAAAUGGAUACCUUUCAACCGCCUAAACUCUCGGUGCCCGAAUGGAGCAAUGAUGAAUUCAUUCAGCGUAUAAUGGAAGUCGAUGAUUCCGAAAUCAAAGCUAUUAAUCGACGUAAAAAGAAAGCUGAAAUAACCACGGUAAAACAUGGAAGACUUCUUCUAUGGUCUGUGGAUUUUUGGGUCCGUUCAUUAAUGAUCAUGAUGGAUGGUGUCUUGGAAAAACUAUGGGAGGAGGAAAUUAAAAAGGAAAUACCAAUUCCAGAAUUUAUGUUAAAGAAAGAAGUCACCGAAUACACAUUGGAAGACCAGAAAGCAUUGAGGGAGUAUGAGGAGAAGGUGCGAGUACUUACCGAAGAUCGUAGAAAAUAUUUGAAAAUUCUGACAGAAAAUGAUGCUCGGGUUAAUGAAAUGAAAUCGAAUUAUAUUUUGAAACUGAACGAACAAAUCACACAAAUGAUGAUAAUCAAGCUGAAAUAUGAUUUUGCCAUAAAACAUGUCCGGCUGAGGAAUUUAAAUAUCAAAGUUAUGUACUUUAAGAAGUUGCAGUGGCUAAAGAGGAUAUCACUGUUGAGAGCCAACAUCGACAAAAUCAGCGAAUAUGUUCUGCGCUACACCAAACUCUCGGAGUGUUGGAGUAAAUCUGUUGAAGAGCUCAAGGCCAAGGGCGAAACCUUAAUGCAACGUGAUCGCGUCAUUGAACGGCAAUUCAAGACACAAUAUCUUAAUAUGAUUCCACAGCAUAUGGGCCCAGAAAUGAAUAAGAUUUUCAAGAAACGUCCAAAAAUGCCACCGAAAAUUCUUCACUCUACCCUAAUGUGUAAAGAACUAUCCGCAAGGGUAAAUACUAAAGCAUUGCCGAAAUAUCCAUUUCCAUUGCCGAAAGAUGUCACCGAAUAUUUGGAUACAUUGACAUCGCUUGAUGAUGUUGGGAAUAUGCCAAACACUUUGGAAUCACGCCAUUGGGAGCAGUUGACAAAAAUGAGACGUCAAAAGAUCGAAAUUGAGCUGAGAAUAAAAGCGGUUAAUUUGCAAUUAGCCGAUUCGAUAGCUGGAAUGAAUUACUUCUCCAAGGAAUUGCAAAAUUUAAAAAACACAAAGACGGAAGCUCAGCGGCAAUUGCAGGAGGCUCAGGAGGAAUAUCUCAAAUCCGUUCAAAAUCAAACACUGGAAUUGCGCUUAACCAUGGGCCAGGUUGAACUUAACAUCAUGGGUUCAAUGGAGAAACUUCAGAAUUGCAUUCUGAUGCAUGUGGAUGAUAUCAAUGAUAUUAAUGCUCUGAUUUUGAAAGCUGGUCACAUGAAACUCAAAGCAAUGCAUCGCGUUGCCUUCUUUCGACGUCAAGUAAUCUACAAAGAAUGGGAACAUAAGGUGGUCAGUGCAAAUAUAGAAUAUUUGAAAUUUAUGUUGUACGUUAUUGAAAAGUGUAAGGUCUCCAUUGAGUUCCUCAAUAUUUUGAGAAAUUGGGAGAAAGUCAAGGCAGAGAAACAGAAAAUGCUCAAUUCGGUUGGCCUCAUUGAAAAAGCGAUCGAGGAUAAACAAAUUUCAUAUCGACGACAAUUGGAGAGACUAAACUCCCAAAUAGCCACGAUCCGCCAACAAAUUGAUGAAAUGAAGCGGGCCAAUAAAUCCCUUAAUCGCCAAAUAGAUGAGGUCAAGGUGGCUGUGGCAUUCUCCAAUUCAAAUCGUGACUAUCUCAUUGAGGACAAACGACGACGGGAACAAAAUGAAAAAAUGGAAAAACUCAAAAAGCGUAGCCAGCUUAUUGAUACUGUCCGCCAUGACUAUGCUCACAUUAUGGAGCUGAGAACAAUUUUGGAAUUGCAACGCUUGCGAACAUAUCCCACAUUGGGUCCAAAUCCAGACCACUGCUUGAAAUAG